AUGGAGUUGGUCCAUUCUCACAAGGAAAUGCAAACUCUUUCUUCAUCAGAAGAUGUAUUUAUGUCGACCUACAUCCACAAGGAGGAAUUAGAUUCCUUAGUACAACCGAAAAUAUGCGUAUUUUCAUUAAUGAUACUACUUUCCGCUCUUGUUUCACAGAUUAUCAGCGUCAGUCUGGUGGCUCAUUCUAUUGGCGAGAACAAGGAUCUUGUGUCCAAUGUCGAAAUUGUUAUGACACAUCUUGGUGUUCAAACACAGGCCAAGCAUAUGGAACCACUGUGUCAUCAAACGGAAUAA